UUUUAGACUUUUUCCAUAAAGGGUUGCUUUUUUCUUUCUUUUUUUUUUUUUUUUUUUUUACCCAAAUUAAACAUGCUGCUGUGCUUCGCCCUAUAAGCAUCCUAGGAGCCUGUGCUUGCCAAUCAAUUGGAACAGUGAAACAGAGCCACAGCCUGCGCAGGAGUGGAGACCUUCAGUCUCGCUUUAUUUCUGGAUACCGAGGGACCUCUCUACCAUGUCAUAUCCACAAUUUGGAUAUCCAUACUCGUCUGCUCCACAAUUCCUGAUGACAACCAACUCUCUUACCACUUGCUGCGAGUCCACGGGUAGAUCCAUAGCGGACUCCGGGGUAGCGGCGUCUGGACAGACACCUGUCUACUGUCCCGUGUAUGAGAGCCGGCUGCUGGCCACCGCGAGGCACGAACUGAGCUCCGCGGCCGCGCUGGGCGUGUACGGCAGCCCCUACACCGGCGGUCAGGGCUAUGGAAAUUAUGUUACAUACGGGACAGACGCGUCGGCUUUCUACUCGCUGGGUACCUUUGAUACUAAAGAUGCUGCAGCUUCUGCGCAUGCGGGAAUCACACAAGCAACUGCUUACUACCCUUAUGAUCCUACCUUGGGACAGUACCAAUAUGACAGAUACGGUUCUAUGGAUGGUGGCACAAGGCGAAAGAACGCUACCCGCGAGACCACCAGCACCCUGAAGGCCUGGCUGCAAGAGCACAGGAAGAACCCGUACCCGACCAAGGGGGAGAAGAUCAUGCUGGCCAUCAUCACCAAGAUGACCCUGACACAGGUCUCCACCUGGUUCGCGAAUGCCCGCAGGAGGCUGAAGAAGGAGAACAAGAUGACCUGGCCGCCCAGAAACAAGGGCUCAGAGGAGAAGAGAUAUGAUGAGGAUGAGGAGGGGUCUCAGGAGGGGCAGAUAAAAAGCGAGAAUACCGAUGAUGACACCAGAAGUCGAGCUGAUAAGGAACUCCAGCUGAGCGACCUGGACGAUUUUGACACGCUGGAGUCUGAAAGCUCUGAGUGUGAGAUGAAGCAUCGGUACCACAUGAACACGCACAUGUCGACGACAAGCGACUGCUCCGCCGAGCACCUCAUUAAGAACGCGUCUCUGAAGAUCUCCGUUCCGGUGCCUCUCGGCGGGGAGCAGGACUUGGGUAAAACCUGCCUCAAAACGAGUCCGGAGGACUUCCAGCCGGACAGCAUGCAGCAGCAGCAGCAGGCUAAGUCGUGCUACACUCAGCAUCAGCAGCAGCAGCAGGGUCACCAAUUAUUAGACGGCAAGCCUCGAAUCUGGUCUUUGGCACAGACAGCAACGUCCCUGAACCAGACUGAAUAUCCGUCCUGCAUGCUGAGGUGCCAGGCGCCUCCCUCCUCACUCGCCCAGUCCCCCGCCGCCACUUCACCCGUGACCGUCUUGGACAACCGGCAGGACUCUCCGGUCACCACGCUGAGGAACUGGGUGGACGGGGUUUUCCACGACCCCCUGUUCAGGCACAGCACUUUGAGCCAGGCUCUGACCAACACGACCGUCUCCUGGACCACGAACACCAAAGGCAGCGUGCUGGAGGCGGAGAGGAGUGCGGCGGCCUUGCAGCAGCACCAAGACCCGCCCAAAGACAGUGCCAUGAGUUUCCCAAAAACUAUCAACAAACUUUUUUGCUCCUAACGCAACUGACUCACAGAUAAAGACUUCUUUUGGGACUAAAAAAAAAAAAGAAAAAAAAGAAAGAAAAACGAGGUGGAUAAGCCUGUUAAGUCUCCACGAUCCCUUUAUGUUUUAUUAUUUUUACCUGUAUUCAUAAACUGUUACAGACGUAAAACAUCCGGAUCAGUUGAUUCAUUUAAACCAACGCACGCACAGAAUUAAAUAAUAAUUAAUAAUAAUAAUAAUAAUAAAAAAUGUAUAAAUAACAGUUUACAACUCGAAGGGGAAACAAAAAAGUAGACCUGCGAUUAUUAUUUUUAUUUAUUUUUUCAAGAUUUCUUUUACUAUGAGCAUGCAAAUGUUAUUAAUUAAGCAUAAUUUAAGUCUCAGCGGAUGAGAAUCACUAUUAAAAAAGAAGAAGCAAAAGAAAAAAGUCUCACAUAUGCACUGCUCUCUCUGAAUAAGUGACUGAGAGCGUUUCGACUUUGUUCACUGAAAAUAAAAGCAGUCGCUUUCUGAAGACGAGCUUGUCAUGUCGGGUUAAUGCUCAGAGUUGCUGUCCAGGGUGCUGAAGACGCUCUUUACUGUAGAAAACUACUUCUUCCAACUGCGGGUCGCUUAAAAAUGACAUUUUUACAAGCCAUUCAAUUUCUAAUCAUUCCAAUUCAGACGCCUUUCUUUC